AUGCCCGUUGUUUUGGUCCGCCCGACCAAUCGGACGCGGCGUCUGGAUUCUACGGGAGCCGCGAUGGGCCCUUCGUGGAGGCAGCAGGACUCUCCUCUGCCGACCAUAACGCAUUGCGCAGGGUGCACCACCGCCCGGUCUUCCUGCGGCUUUAACGGUACCGGCAUGGACGCGCCGCGGCAGUUCCCGGCGGGCUUCGGCCUCGAGCAGCAGCAACAGCAGCUGCAGCGUCCGCCACCGCACUGUCAGCAGCAGCAGCAGCAGCAGCAGCAGCAGCAGCAGCAGCAAAGCCAGGAGAAGCAAAACCUACACUACCAGCAGCAGCAGAGCCCAUGUCUCCAGUGCAACAACUGCGCCUACUAUGGGGCUGCUGCGGCAGCCGCGGGGGAUAACCUGCCCCUGCUGCUUCGCACUUCUUCGCCCCUCUCGGGGGCUUUCCGGACUCACUCUUCGCCGCUGUCUUCCGUCGCUACCUCCCGGCAGGGCAGCCAACUGAACGUUAGCGAGCUUACCCCUUCCAGUCAUACUGGUUCGUCCAGGCAGCCACACCAGUACCCUCAGUACCACCAGUGCCAUAGCCUGCAGCAGCAGCAGGCAGACAGCCCCAGUAGUAGUGGCAGCAUCCACCACAACCACCACCAUCAUCACCACCACCACCACAAUCAUCAGCGCCGGGAGAGCAACCCCUUCACCGAAAUAGCCAUGAGCAGCUGCAGGUUCAACGGCGGCGUCAUGCGACCGCUCAGCAACCUGAGCUCGUCGCGCAGGAACCUACACGAACUGGACUCGGAGUCCCAGCCGCUUCAGCCGCCGCUCGCCAGCCCCGCCGCCGGCACCCCGGCCGCCCCGGAUAUCGUGGUCUCUAAGCCCGAGCACAACAACUCCAACAACCUGGCGCUCUACGGCUCCUCCGGUCCCGGCCCUGGUCCAGGCAGCACCAACAACGGCGGGGGCAAGUCCAGCAAGAAGAAGAAUCAGAACAUCGGCUACAAGCUGGGGCAUCGCCGGGCGCUCUUCGAGAAGCGCAAGCGCCUUAGCGACUACGCGCUCAUUUUCGGCAUGUUCGGUAUCGUCGUCAUGGUCAUCGAGACCGAGCUCUCCUGGGGCGCCUACACCAAGGAGUCACUGUAUUCCCUCGCUCUGAAAUGCCUUAUUAGCCUGUCCACAAUCAUCCUGCUCGGGCUCAUUAUCGUCUACCAUGCAAGGGAAAUCCAGUUGUUCAUGGUGGACAAUGGAGCAGAUGACUGGAGAAUAGCCAUGACUUAUGAGCGUAUUUUCUUUAUCUGCUUGGAAAUACUGGUGUGUGCUAUACAUCCCAUUCCUGGGAACUAUACAUUCACGUGGACAGCCCGGCUCGCCUUUUCUUAUGCUCCGUCCACAACAACAGCUGAUGUGGAUAUUAUUUUAUCUAUACCAAUGUUCUUAAGACUGUAUCUUAUUGCCAGAGUUAUGCUUUUGCAUAGCAAACUUUUCACUGAUGCCUCAUCUAGAAGCAUUGGAGCAUUAAAUAAGAUAAACUUCAAUACCCGUUUUGUUAUGAAGACUCUAAUGACAAUAUGUCCAGGAACUGUACUGUUGGUUUUUAGUAUCUCUUUAUGGAUAAUUGCUGCAUGGACUGUCCGAGCUUGUGAAAGGUACCAUGAUCAACAGGAUGUUACUAGCAACUUCCUUGGAGCAAUGUGGUUGAUUUCAAUAACUUUUCUAUCCAUUGGAUAUGGCGACAUGGUACCUAAUACAUACUGUGGGAAAGGAGUCUGUUUACUCACUGGAAUCAUGGGUGCUGGGUGCACUGCACUGGUGGUAGCUGUGGUGGCAAGGAAGUUAGAACUUACCAAAGCUGAAAAACAUGUGCAUAAUUUCAUGAUGGACACCCAGCUAACUAAAAGAGUUAAAAAUGCAGCGGCCAAUGUACUCAGGGAAACAUGGUUAAUUUAUAAAAAUACAAAGCUGGUUAAAAAGAUAGACCAUGCAAAAGUAAGGAAACACCAGCGCAAAUUCUUGCAAGCUAUUCAUCAAUUAAGAAGUGUAAAAAUGGAACAAAGGAAACUGAAUGAUCAAGCCAACACUUUGGUGGAUCUGGCAAAGACUCAAAACAUCAUGUAUGACAUGAUUUCUGACUUAAAUGAAAGAAGUGAAGAUUUUGAGAAGAGAAUUGUUACUCUGGAAACUAAGCUGGAAACUUUAAUUGGUAGCAUUCAGGCUCUCCCUGGACUGAUUAGCCAGACAAUCAGCCAGCAACAGAGGGAUUUUCUCGAGGCUCAGAUACAAAAUUAUGAUAAGCAUGUUGCCUACAGUGCUGAACGAUCACGAUCUUUGUCAAGAAGAAGGAGAUCAUCCUCCACAGCACCACCAACUUCAUCAGAGAGUGGCUAGAACAGAAUAAUUUAACCUCAAAUACUUUUUUGCCAUCAUAUGGUCAAUAUUUUAGCUUUUAUUGUAAAGCCCUAUGGUUCUAACCAGUGUUAUCUGGGUUCUGAUAUCAGAAUCCUGGAAACCUGAACAUAUUUUAGGCCAAAAUGAGUGAAAACUCUUUUUUUUUUCCCCCUCCUACUCUCAGAUGCACAAUGAAUACACCUAUUAUUCCUGUAAUUCCACUAACCUAAAAAAAACUUCACUACUACAGUAUAUAACGUAAUUAAAAAGUUAACUUCUGCAUAUAGUUGCUUGGUUACUUGGACUUAAGAACUUGAAAAAAGCUCAAAAUCAAAAGGCCUGAUUAUAAUUUUUUAAGAAACAAACAGUGAAGCUUAAUAAUUAUAUAUUAGUAUGAAAACUUAUUCUCCAAGCUUCACUUUGCAGUGGAGGAGGGGAAAAAAAUCCGUAUUUAUGUAACAGUGUGCAGUAUAUGUAUAGUCAUUUUAAAAGGUCACUGACAGCUUCGAUUUCUGAAGUGAUUAAUUAAAAAUACUGUUUAUCCUAGAAAAUACGUUACUGAGUACGAUGUGGGUUUUUAAAAUCUUCUUAAGGCAUUUGUUUAACAUGCAUUUGUACACAAACACACAUAUAGAUACUAUAUAUACAUAUAUACUUAUGUAUAUAAAAUUAUUUAUGCAAUUCCCAUGGCAAAGAUCUUUUAAACUGACUAUUUGUGAAGGUACUGGCAUGCAAAAAGCACAGGUAAAGUUCAGCUCUUUUAUUCAGAGGGUCAUAAUUAUGCCAGGUGAUUAUGCCUAGACAGAAGUGUUGCUUUCAAGCUAGAAGUGCCCCAUUGAUGUUAUUAAGGUUUUGAAAGUGUUAGAUUGCUACUUUCUUCACUCCCAUGUUUGUAGUUAAUGACUGACACAGAGAGUUAUCAUAUACACAACUGUGUGGUAGCAGCAGAGUGUUUGUAUGCAUUACAUCUGGAUAAUUCCCAUAGUUUCUGCAAGACACUUGUAGCAGUAUUUCCAAAAACUCUUGUAAAAUAACCUGCUGUAGACUGGAGUUAUUACAGUGAGGUAUCUGUGGUACUUUAUUUUCCUGCAAAAAAUAAUAGGAUCUUCUGCUGUCUGUGUACAGAUUUGUGAAAAUACUCUGCCUGACUUUUCCCUUGAUUUAUGUUCAAGAGCAGCAAAAGCAGGUAAGCUUAAAUGCUCAACACAUUCAACUUGCACUUAUAAUCCCUGAUUAUAAAUGUGAAAUUAUUUAUUAAGUAUUUUAUAGUACUUGCUAUUUAUGAAAUAUACUAUUCCCCUCCCCACCCCAAUUUACAGACAAGGGUGACACUGUAGCUGAAUAUAUCAAGUAGGCAUGGCUGUAUGCAAGGAAUAUUACAUCUGCCUAGAAGUAUUUCAUGUGCAAGUUGAAGGAAAAAUGAAUUGCUUUGUAAGAUGUUGUGAAUUCUAGUCAGUAGUGACAAGCAGGGAAAAUAAUAAUGCAGAAAAUUAGGGCAGAGCUGUGCUGGACAAAACAGAAGAGCUAUUCUCCCCAGCACCCAAAAGUCCCAAGCCAAAUAAUCUGAAAAACAGCAGACACUUCAGACCUAUUUAAAGGUCUUUUUUUUUUUUUUUUUUUUCCCCAGGGGUACAAAUUAUAUAACUGAUGAAUGUAAGUUACAUCCAGAGGCAUGGCCUUUUUGUGAAGAGUUUAUCAAGACUUUUUGUAUCCUUAAGAAAGAUUAUGACUUUACAGUACUUUUCCUUGUAGAUGAGCAGGACAGGUGCAUGCCUUUGGAGUGCCUUGUUUAUAGACUGUUGUAUUUUGUGACUGGAAAUAAUAAGCAAUAUGCACAUUAUUUACAGUUCUGCUUUUGUUUUUAUGAAUUUCACUUCCAAAUGAAAAUGGGGAUAAUACAUAGUGUUAAUACUAUGCUAGCUCAGUCCUGAACUAGAUAGAUUUUUGAGUCAUCAUAAGGCCACCUGCUUUAUAAUGUUGGUGGCAUUAGAAGUAUUGAUUAAUACUGUUGUAAUUUAAUAGUCAAGUUUCAGAAAUAAUUUGUAGAUUAUUGUUUACCUGUUCUCCCAUUUUUUGUGUUUCAUUUAGAGUAUUUUUCCUGUAAUUGAAUGCGAAAUACAUUUGAAUACAUUC